CAAUGGUAGAUGACCAGCACGUGAACCUGACGCGCCUCGGUGGCAUCUUCAACUGGACCAUGACGUACCGCCUGGACUCCGACGUCGUGGUUCCGUACGGGCGAGUCACACCCAAGUCGUCGGACAACUUCACGCCCACAAGUAAGGAUUACUGGUCGAGCAAGGAUCCGUCCAGACUGGCAGCGUGGAUGGUGAGCCAUUGCGGCACUCCAGGGCGAAGGGAGUGGUUCGUCAAGGAACUGGUCAGACACAUGAAAGUGGACGUUUUCGGACGCUGUGGACACAAAAAGUGCGGGAAGAAUAUAUCCAUCAAGACUCUCGGCAGUUUCGACCAAGACAAAUGCAAUGCAGAGAUUGGGCAGUACAUGUUCUAUUUUGCUCUGGAGAACGCGAUAUGCCAAGAUUACGUCUCGGAGAAGUUCUUCCUGGCGCUGCAGCUGGACGUCAUUCCGGUGGUGUUCGGAGGCGGGAACUACGCGGCCAUCGCCCCGCCCACGUCCUACAUCAACGCCCUUGACUUCCCUUCUCCCAAGGCCUUGGCCGACUACCUGAAGGUGGUGGCCAGUAAUGCAACGCUCUAUAAUAAAUACCUUGAGUGGAAGGACCAUUACAACGUGGAGCUCGGCCACCCAUUUUCCACCAUGGUAUGUGACUUGUGUGCCAAGCUGCAUGACCCGCGAUCCUUUGAGCUCCCGCGAAUUACCCACAACUUCCAGCUUAUCUUGUCUUUUUGUCAGUGGGAGCGUCUCCAUGCCAUACAGUACAGCCGGCCUCACAACAGUCUUCAAGACUGUGAUGAGGCCGGCUCACCAAGGACUAAAGGAAAGGUCUUCAAGACCUUUCCUUUAGUCCUUGCAGACACCCUUCUGUUGCAUAUCACUUCACCUAAUCGUAUCUUCAUCUUCACAAUUUAG